GAGGGAAGCAAUGAGACUGAAACUUCCACAUCUUCAAGCUAGAUCUGUCCACGCUUUAACAACAAUACGCCAAUGCCAAAGCUUUAAUAAAACUGGACAUCUGCUGUUAAAGCUGAAUAAUGAAGUUGAUGGACCAUCUGACAGAAGAGCAAAGUCUUGGGAUUUGUAUGCUCUGAAAACUGCUUUCCCUUGUUUGACAAGUCGCUGUGUGCAAGUCAAGAAUUGGCAGCUGCUCCAAGGAAAUGUAUCUGCUUUGGGAAAAAAUGCUUACUGUCAGAGUGGGGAGGGUGUUUUUCCAUCCUGGAAAUGUUUUGGUGUGGCGAUGAUGGAAAACUACAAACUCAAUACAGAGCAUGUUAAAAAGCUAAGGAACAUAUCAUCAAGAUUUUACUCAGUUGUAUCAGCUGGCAAAAUUAUUCCAAAACACAGUAGCCAGCCAGUUAAGAGGCCGCCGAAGGCACCAAGGACUAAGCAGCCAUCCAGAGCUAACCAGCCACUGCUGUCAGACAUGCAGAAUCUGAUGCAGUGCACAGCCUUUGCAACAGCAGAUGAAUAUCAUCUUGGUAAUCUGUGUCAUGACCUGACUUCACAUGGAUAUGUUGAAAUAACAAGUUUGCCUAGAGAUGCUGCAAACGUUUUGGUGAUGGGUACUGAGAAAUCUGCAAAAGAAGAUGAUCCUGGCAUGAUUUUUUUCUUCAGGGAAGGGGCUGUUGUGUUUUGGAAUGUGGAAGAGAAAAGUAUGAAGAGUGUCAUGCAACUGCUAGAACAGCAUGAAAUUCAGCCAUACGAAGUUGCACUGGUCCACUGGGAGAAUGAAGAGAUCAACUAUAGAAUAGGAGAAGGCCAGUCAAAGCUUCACAAAGGAGAAAUCUUGUUAAAUUCUGAGCUGGAUAGUGAUGAAGUUGUUCUGCAGAAGUUCGCUUUUUCAAAUGCCCUUUGUCUGUCUGUAAAGCUGGCUAUUUGGGAAUCAUUAUUGGAUACCUUUGUGGAAUCCAUCCAGUCAAUUCCUGAGAUCCUGAAGUCACGACGGAAGGUAAAACUGUCUCAUGCAGAUGUAAUGCAGAAAAUUGGAGAACUCUUUGCUUUAAGGCACCGUAUAAAUCUGAGUUCAGACCUACUAAUAACACCCGACUUCUACUGGGACAGAGAAAAACUUGAAGAGCUUUAUGACAAGACAUGCCAGUUUCUCAACAUAAAUCGUAGAGUUAAGGUAAUGAAUGAGAAGCUUCAGCACUGCAUGGAGCUGACAGACCUGAUGCGAAAUCACCUGAAUGAAAAGCAUGCUCUGCGCCUCGAGUGGAUGAUAGUGAUACUCAUCACCAUAGAGGUUCUGUUUGAACUUGCAAGGGUAGUUUUCUGAUGACAGAAGAAACUCAGGAAGAAGAAAACUGACAAAUCUAUAUGGCCCAGAAAAUUACUGUCUAUGGUAUGCUUCUGGAAAACAGUGGAAUCAUGGCUCUUGAUAGAUAUGUACAUCUUCUACUCAAAUAAAAAAA